AUGGCUGAAGCAAUAAACGCAGAGAUGAUUCCUUGUGACAAAUGUAAUACACAAGUUAGCUUACAUGAUUGGCUAUGGCAUACAAGACAAUGCGUUCAUAGUGAAAAGAGUCAUAUUGAAAAAUCAGACAGUAACAUCAUACAUGAAUCUACUACAAGUGGUAUUCCAUGUGAAUUCUGUAAUGCUCAAAUAAGUUUCGAUGACUGGCAAUCUCAUUCAAAACAAUGUGGUGAUGAACAUAAAAAACGAGUUGAAAAAUUAAAAAAAAAUAGUAUUCCGGAUGAUUCAAUAGUAGAACUUAUUCCAUGUGAAUAUUGUGAUAAACAAAUUAAUGUACAUGAUUGGGAAUGGCAUUCAAGACAAUGUACUAAUGCUAAAAAAUAUGAUGAUAGUAAUAUGGAAAAACAAAAUGAGACGAAAUCAAAUAAUAAUCUUAUUCCAUGCGAAUUUUGUAAAGAAUCUUUUCCUUUUCAAGAUUUUGACACUCAUCAGACUCAAUGCCAACGUAAACAAAUUGCAUCAUUUACAGCAGUAAAUAAAUUUUGUUAUUUCUAUUUUAUUCAAACAAAAAAGAAUGUUUUACAUGAACAGGGAGUGGGUGGUAUUUUUCCUCUUCCAGAAUAUUGGGAUCAAUCAUCACCGUAUAAUCUUUCUCGUUAUACUCUUCAGCCUGAUACAGAAGAAUAUAAAUUUGUUGCGGAUAAUUUUCACAAUACAUUACCAUCAAAUGAAAUUGUUCAAAUUGAACGAAUUCAAAAUCGCCGUUGGUACCGUCAAUAUGAUGCUCAUAAAGAUGAUUUUAUUGAAAGGUAUGGUAAAAGUACAGAGCAAUGGUUAUUUCAUGGAUGCAAAUCUCAAGGGGUCGAAGCCAUUAUUAAUGAUUGUUUUAAUCGUAGUCAUGCGGUUCGUUGUGCUGCUGGUCAAGGUAUCUAUUUUGCAACUCAAGCUGCCACAAGUCUUAGUUAUACACAACCAGAUUCGAAUGGUCUUAGACAUAUGUUUAUGGCUCGUGUUCUAGUCGGCAAGACCACUGCGGGCAAUCAAUCGACACGCAUUUGCCCACAGGGUUUUGAUACGACAGGUGGAGGAACGGUGUUUGUUACUUAUCACGAUGCUCAAGCUUAUGGUGAAUAUUUAAUUGCUUUUAGAUGA